AUGGCCUGUAGCUUUGGCUUUCUCAAAUUGUCACCUAUAUGGACAUUGGUAAUUUUGUCAACUAUCAACAUAAUUCAGUAUGUGGACAGAGGUGCACUCUCUUCUGUGGUUUCUAAGCUUGAAGAUAAAGAUGACGAUGGUCUUGAUUUAAGCUCAAUUGAAGCUGGAGCCUUAGGGUCACUUUUUAUGCUUGGCUAUAUGAUUUCAUCUCCUUUAUUUGCCCACUUCGCACAAUAUAUUCACCCAUUGUUCUUGAUGGCCAUCGGACUUAUUGUAUGGAUGGGAGCUGUGAUUAUGGCAGGACUGUCCAGAUCAUUCCUUCCACUUGCGAUAGCUAGGUCAAUCACUGGGGUCGGUGAAGCUUCAGUUGUGUGUUUGGCACCUCCUUAUAUCAUGGAUAAUGCACCAGCAGCUAAAAAAACACUGUGGUUAGCUGUAUUUUAUUCUGGGGUGCCGGUAGGGUAUGCAUUAGGAUUUAUAUAUGGAGCGUUGAUUUCUAGUGUUUUUGGAGCAUGGUGGUGGCCGUUUCUGAUUGAAGGAGUUGCGAUGGCUCCAUUUGUGGUGAUAGCAAUAAUUGCAUAUAAAGAUCCAUCUAUGAUAGUGAAGAAACAUAAUAAAUUGAUUCCAGAUGGAGGCGAUGGAGAAAAAAUGUCGAUGAAGGAACAAAUAUCUGUUUUGAUGAAAACACCAAUUUAUGUUUUCUUGAUUUUAGGCUAUGGGGCGUACGCUUUUACUAUGGGAGGACUCUCAUAUUGGGUAAAAUUUAUAUAGGGACCUGCCUACUUACACGAUUUUUAUGAUUCAAGUGAAACAGUCGCUGCUUAUUCCUUAGGAGGAAUUACUGUAGCUUGUGGGCUGAUAGCCACUUUUCUAGGAUCCAUGUAUAUGGACAAAAAGUCUCGGCCUUUUACACAACAAAAAGAAAGAGGCGAAAUCACAGACGAUGAUUUAAGGGCAGCCAAAACACAGAUUGGUUGCAAAAUCUUAUUUGUGGUGACUACAAUUGGAGUUGCAAUUGGGGUAGUUGGCGCUAUUAUCGCAGUCUAUAUCUUAUUUAUGAUUACUUUAGCUGGAAGCGAGUUUUUCAUUUUCUUAGGAACUGGGCCUGUAGGGAUGGUGCUUAUGAGCUGUGUUCCACCUGAGCUUAGAGGUCAAGCAAAUGCAGUUGCUAUAUUUACUAUGCACUUAUUAGGUGAUUUCCCUUCACCAUUCAUUAUUGGUGUUCUAUUCGAUUUAAUUGGUGGAUAUUGGACUAUGAUUCUCCUCAUCGCAUGGCUUGGAUGGGCUGCUAUGAUGUGGGGAACAUGCUUUAACCUUUCGGUAAAUUUUAUUUAGAGAUGGAAAGAUGAGCCAUUUUGGUUUGCAAUUAAAAAUACAUUUAAGAGAAGUGGCAAAGUCGGAGUUAAGGCAGAAGAUGAGGUUUUGAAUUUUAGAGAUAGUAAAGAUAGCACGAAUACUAAAGAAAGCAAAGAUUCUAAAAUUUAA